AUGACCUUGGCAAACAAAGACUUCAUACUAACUGUUGGUAAAGUGUAUUUACUUGAAUUGGUAAAAGAGUAUUUUGGCCUGGAAUCUGAGGACUCUUUUCCUACCAAUAAUAAACCACAAAAGAAUAUGAUCCCUUUUUUUUAUUCACAUUCUACACUUUCCAAAUACCUUGUGGAAUGUUUAGAUUUCAUUUUAAAGACGGAAGUCCUUCUGUCUCCACGUUUGUCACUUAGGGUAAGAGCUGGGUCUUACAUAAAUAGAAAAGGUCAGAAAGGGAAAAAUAAACCUGCAGACAUGGAAAAAGAAAAUCAGGUGAAAUUUCUAAAAGAUUUGAUUAGUGGCUUAGGGAGAUGGAAAACUGAACAGUCUAUAGUGAAAAUAUCUAAGGCUGGGCCUGUACUUCACAGUAUUUCAACAAAUUUUGACCAAAUGUGUGGAAUCAAAGACAUAAAGAGUACACAUGGCAGUUAUGUCUGAAUAAAAUAAAACCAAGUA